GUUAGGUUAUGACAGGAGCAGCACUGCAGCCACAGGCCAUGGCAGUCGUGGCCCGGGAAUCAUUCCAAGUCUAUUUACAGCAGCAACAUUAAACCAGCCCUGCCAACAUCCUCCCUGUGCUUGGGCCACGCUGGGGCUGGUCACCUCUGAGGGCAGCCCCCAGCCUCAGUCCAACAUCCUUUUCUCCAUCAGCAACUAGAACAUUGCACUGGUGAGCACUUCCAGGCUGGUACCAGGUCUCACCAUGGGGAAGGGCACUGUGUCUGGGCUUGUGCAGGUGGUGGAUGCAGAGACUGGCAAGGUGGUCAUCAUCUCUCAGGACCUCGUUCAGGUGAAGGUGCUGCUGCUUGGGGCCGUGAGGAUCCGCACCCCCAUCAUGCAGAUAAGGAUGGGCACCCAGCUGGGGAAGAAUUGGAUACAUCUCCCACUGCUUGAAGGAGGCAGCACAGCUUCUGGGGGCAUUCCCAGUGCUGGCACCCUGCUGGUCACCAGGCCUGACUUCUCCCCACUGAUGUCCAUCUAUAUCACCUGGAUCACCAACCACCAGAACCCUUUCUCCUUUGGCAAUGCCAUGCCAGGCCUGACCUUCCACUGGUCUGUCACCAAGCGGGAUAUCCUGGAUCUCCAAGGGCAGCAUCACAAGAUGAGCCAUUAAGUCCAGCCCACAUUCAUGGGGAGAGGAAGUAAACAUCACCUCAGGCACAGAAGAACAGAAAGAAGUUGUGUGCAUAUCUUUAAGACAACCACAUACCAGGAACUGCUUUUUUUUGGUAUAGAAACUAUCUUUUUAAAAAUUUACCCUUGACAUUUGGAAACUUCAUCCAGCUAUGUCUGAUUUGCAAAUUCAGGUAUAUCUUUAAAAUAAUUUUCUUUGAU